GACGACGAAGCGCCUCCGCUGCCCGAUGAAGCGCCCCCCGAGGACGAUGGGUGGACAUAUGAGUGGGAUCACGGCGCACAACGCCACUACUUCUACAACCGUCUGACGGGCAAGUCUCAAUGGGAGAACCCUCGGCUGCCUGAGGCCACCGCGACAGACUACGGAUCCUCCACUGUUGCCCCCACGACCAGCUCUGGCGCACCUGGCACCUCGUCUCCACCUAAGCGCAAAUAUGGUGGUUACAAUCCGGCCAUCCAUGGCGAUUAUGACCCGAAUGCAGACUAUGCUCGGGAAGCCGAAGAGGAAGAGGAAGAACUCGAGGUUGUGGCUACGGGUCUUCCAGCACCCAUCGCUGGAGAUUAUGCCACGACUGCCCAGUUCAAUCGCUUCACCGGCCGCUUCCAGCAGGCCGGAAUGAACCCGGAGUAUCACAAUGAUGAGAACAAAAGCAAGCGCCAGAUGAGCGCCUUCUUUGACGUUGAUGCCGCGGCCAAUAGCCACGACGGCCGCAGCCUGAAGGCGGAGCGACGCGGCAAGGCCCUGUCGAAGAAGGAGCUGCAGGCUUUCAAGAACAAGCGCCGUGACAAGAAAGAAGAAAAGCGCCGUGCCUGGCUUAGAGACUGA